AUGAUUCCACGGACCAUCGGCCUCCACUCACGCUCACUCAGACCCAGUCAUGUGUUCGAAGGACCCGCUACGUGGCCAUGGUCCAAUGGCGGCGGCGCAGCACCGGCCCUGGAGCAAAGACGGGGCCUGAAGAAGCCAAAGCAAGCACCACUGCUGAGGCAGAAGGCUGGGAAAAAUAAUUGGUCGAGGGUUACGCCUGAGGAGAUCAAGAGGAUAAAAGAAUAUGAAGCACGGCGGUCUGAAGACGCAGACAAUCGCCAGCGACAGCACAAUGUCGGGAUCAAAGAAGUGCUCGAACGAGCUCAACUAUACGGGAAGCUGCGCGCCUCUCCCAGUGCCAUCAUGGACUUCUUGGUUGAAUUUGAAGAUCUCAUGGAAGCAUCACUCAAAUCAAGAGCAGGAGGUAGGGCUGCUCGGACCACCGUCCCGGUCGAGGAAUAUCGUAGCUUGCGCGAUAAAUAUGGCCUCGACGACAACUUUGAUAUCGUUUGGGGUGCUGUCAGCGCGCUUCUACGGAACGAUGAGAAGUUGAGGAGACAAGGCAAGCUCUUGCUAUUCGCCGCGUCUGACGCUGGCAGCUGGGAGGCUACCCUGCGGAUCAUGAACCAUGCGUUCGUCCAAGCCCUGGAUCGGCCAUCAGUGUUGGACAGUUCGGAACUGGCCGGUCCACGUCAGCGUCUGUUCGAGCUCGCAAAAAUGGGCAGUCAGACCGACUUUCGCAUUUUGACACUUGCAGGGUUGAUUGCUAAGUCACAGGGCCAAUCCGACCGCGCUAUUGCUUUCUGGGACGAUGCACUUGUGGGCGCCGAGGCAUGGGCGGAAGAACAUGGCAGUGAGAGCGCCCCCGAGCGCGACAGCAAUAUGCCGCACCUCUUUUCACCCUGGAUAGAGUUGGCAGCGGAGCAUCUUGACCGGCGAAACUUUCGUGAGGCGGAACAGGCCAUCAAGAUCGGCUGCCGUCUCGACGACCCGACGUCGCAUUUCAACGCAGCUCUGUCGCAUCGCAGAGAGAACGCGCAGAACAUCAACGUCGCCACGAGUGACUGGUUGUUUCACAUGACCAAAGCGGCUUCUUCCGGCCACGUGAAAGCAAUGCAUGAUCUCGCAAACUACUACAUCACCAACUAUUGGCCUUAUCUGGAAGACGAAGUGCCAGACCACCUCAAGCCGACGCCUUUCGAUCAAUAUCCGCCGCCGUUCGACUUCGGGAAGACCACCGUGAAGAACGCACGGGACGGCAUCCGAUCGGCUCUGGGAUACGUUGCUACGACCUCGACGGAGUCUAAGGAUAGUGUUUUCCACACGGCAGCAUUCCCGCAAACGGUCGAAGGAAGACUGCAGAUGGCAUUGCAGUGGUUCGAGGUCGCUAUGGCUUCACACUACGCGCCCUCAUUCCUCCUGGCAGCAAGAGUAUAUCUUACAAAGGAGAUCGACUCUGACCUCGCGGUCCCAGAAGAGGCCGUGAAACUUCGCGAAGAACGAUACAUCUCAUCAUCCAAAGUCGACUACGACGCAGGCAAGAGGAAACAGCCGCCCCCCGUCCACAAAGUCAAGAAUCCAAUAUACAACCCGGCCAAAGCCAAGAAACUCAUCCGCGAGAUCUUCUACGCCGACCAAGCUGUCAAACUGCGCAAGGCCUGUUUCGACAAUCGUCGCAAAACUGUGAGAGUGAGGGACGAGCCAGACGAUUUCAAAGAGGUACGUCAGAAGCUUCGAUACAACGUGGACAAGUGGUUCCGGUCCGACUUUUCCCACUUGUUCAUGAACAGUUCGGAGGGGCUCUUGUUCGACUCCUCCAAUGAUAUCAAUGAUCUGUUGAAGGAGGCGGAAGACGAGUGUGAACAGCAGGGUUGGGACCUUUAUUCCGAGGAAGACGGAGGGCUACUGUAUCGACAUGGCAUGCGUAAACGAUGA